AUGCUGCCUCGCAGCUAUGCUGAAUUCGGAACCAAGCCUGCUGCCGAGCCUGACACGUUGUUAGGUUCGGUGGACCCGCGUGAGGUCGUCGAAACCAUCGCCGACUCACUGAGCGAUCUCGCCGCCGCCGUGAAUUCCGGGGAUGCGUGCGGCAUUCUGGACUUCUUUCCCGAAACUUCGUCAAUCCUUCCUCCUCAUUCCCCGGAGCUGCUUCUCAACGCGAGCGCGCUGCGACUUAGCCUCGUGCAGCAGCUGCUGGCGCUGGACAUUAGAAUGCGCUUUAAUGUCCUCGAGGCCUGGGUGGGCAAAGGCGACCCGGGGAGAGUCAGAGACGCGAUCCGGAUACUAGGAACGCGAGGAGAUCCGGCGACAGGGGCAGGGACAGCGACAGCGCAACAGCAGCAGCAUAGGGGGGAGGAGACAAAGGAGGAGGAAGAAGACGAAGAGGUGGAAGAAGAGGAGGGCGCGGAGGGCAGUGGGGCGGGUGGGGACGGCGCGGGUUUGCUGCGAGGCGGUGACCUGUUCGCCGUGGCUCGCAUUGCAUUCACUGCAAACUGCCUUGGCGCGACUCGGCGGAGCGGCCAAAUGGAGCAAGGAGGAGAGCUAACGUCAGACGGCGAGGAGGUCGAGGAACUACGCGAGGAAGCUUCCAUGAGCGAAUCAACGUGCGUGGACGGGUCCAUUCUGGCCACGUGGCACAGAUCUGCUGAGCUGGCACGCAGCGGGGGUAAGGCGACGAGCCGUGAGAGCAGGGGUUCUGAGUGUCGUUCACGAGGGGCACGCAAUGACCACUCCAAGGUGUGGCGCUUGCACUGGGCUGCCUGGAACCACGCCAACCGCACCUGCCAGAACCGCGGAGCACCACAUCACACCACGUGGGGCAAUGCGGAGGGGUUGGUGCAGGCGGGCAGUGUGGGGGUUGCUAGUAGGAAGGGUGCGCGGCAGCUGCUGGUGACGCCACAAGCCACCGCUUGGCUCACUGCUGUGCCCGCUGAUGUCAGCAGUGAGGGGAGCGACGUGAGCAGCAGUACGGUGCAGGUACAGGAGAGUGACGGGGCGGGCAGGGGGAGUGGCCGUGAGGCGGUGGGAGGGGGAUGUGCGCAGUGGAAGGUGGAAGCAGCACUGGCAGCGCUCACAGUGGCACUGUUGAACGGCAAUGCCACUGCCGCUGCACAGAUAUUCGCCCCCGGUGCCGUGCUCUUCCCCCCGGCCUCCCUGCCCCUGACUCUGCACACGGCUGCACAGGCAGCAGCGUGGCUGCAGCCAAUCACAGGCCGCCGCCUCAUCUUCCAGCCCCAGCUGGAGGAGCUGCUCGUGCUGCAGGCUGCCACGUGGCAUGCUCUAGAGGGUGACACGUGGCAGGCUUUAGGGGUGGACACGUGGCAUGGGAGCAGAGUGGGGUCAUCGCCGUACGUGGUGGUGACACGGGGCGUUUACAGGCUGUGGGAACUCAACGGGCUUUUUGAGGGGCAGGGCAAGUUCGUGCUGCUGUGGGAGAGCAGCAGCGAGGACCACACCAGUGCAGGGCAGCCAAGGCAAGGCACAGAGGGACAGGGGCAUGUAGGUUCGAAUGCAGGAGCGUCAGCUUCGCCAAUGACGGAGCCAUACUGCUCCUCCUUCCGUGUCACCAGAGCCCUCUGGAACUCCGACAUCCCUGCUGUCCCCCCCGCCCCCUCCCCCGCUUCCCCUCCCUCCCCGCCCUCCCCACCCUUCCCCCCCGCCCCUGCCUCCCCUCCUCCGCCUCCCCUUUCCCCUCCCCCACCCCCGGGCCCCAAGCGCCCUCCCCCUCCUCCUCGUGCUCCCGGCAAGUCCCCCCCACCGCCGCCCACGGCUCGCCCCCCUCCCCCUCGCCGCCGCUCCCCUCCCCCCCCUCCACGGCCGUGA